CUCGCCGAGGGAGGAUGUGGCGGGUAUAAAAGCCCCACCCAGGCCAGCCGGCUCUGCUCAGCAUUUGGGGACGCUCUCAGCUCUCGGCGCACGGCCCAGCUUCCUUCAAAAUGUCUACUGUUCACGAAAUCCUGUGCAAGCUCAGCUUGGAGGGUGAUCACUCUACACCCCCAAGUGCAUAUGGGUCAGUCAAAGCCUACACUAACUUUGAUGCUGAGCGGGAUGCUUUGAACAUUGAAACGGCCAUCAAGACCAAAGGUGUGGAUGAGGUCACCAUUGUCAACAUUUUGACCAACCGCAGCAAUGCACAGAGACAGGAUAUUGCCUUCGCCUACCAGAGAAGGACCAAAAAGGAACUUGCAUCAGCACUGAAGUCAGCCUUAUCUGGCCACCUGGAGACGGUGAUUUUGGGCCUAUUGAAGACACCUGCUCAGUAUGACGCUUCUGAGCUAAAAGCUUCCAUGAAGGGGCUGGGAACCGAUGAGGACUCUCUCAUUGAGAUCAUCUGCUCCAGAACCAACCAGGAGCUGCAGGAAAUUAACAGAGUCUACAAGGAAAUGUACAAGACUGAUCUGGAGAAGGACAUUAUUUCGGACACAUCUGGUGACUUCCGCAAGCUGAUGGUUGCUCUGGCAAAGGGUAGAAGAGCAGAGGAUGGCUCUGUCAUUGAUUAUGAACUGAUUGACCAAGAUGCCCGGGAUCUCUAUGACGCUGGAGUGAAGAGGAAAGGAACUGAUGUUCCCAAGUGGAUCAGCAUCAUGACCGAGCGGAGUGUGCCCCACCUCCAGAAAGUAUUUGAUAGGUACAAGAGUUACAGCCCUUAUGACAUGUUGGAGAGCAUCAGGAAAGAGGUUAAAGGAGACCUGGAAAAUGCUUUCCUGAACCUGGUCCAGUGCAUUCAGAACAAGCCCCUGUAUUUUGCUGAUCGGCUGUACGACUCCAUGAAGGGCAAGGGGACACGAGAUAAGGUCCUGAUCAGAAUCAUGGUCUCCCGCAGUGAAGUGGACAUGUUGAAAAUUAGAUCUGAAUUCAAGAGAAAGUACGGCAAGUCCCUGUACUAUUACAUCCAGGUAAGCCUGAGGUGCGGCGUCAGCCUGCCCUGCCGUCCAGAGCACCCUGGGCCCCGGCAGGUGGUGUGGCAGAAUGAUGACAGAGUGGUGGUUUUCUGUUUUCUAACUCUCUGGGGAAGAGAUGCUAGUCAUCAACUAUCAGGGAUAUAUUUUGAAAGCACCAUUUGUGAUUUGUCCUGGACUUUGUAGAAUCAGGCAGAUGUUUUAUAUUUUUCACAUCUGUUACUCUACAAUGAUCAUCGGUGUUCAUGACGAUGAUCCUGCAAGGCUUGCUGACAUCUCGAAGAGACUUGGAAGAUCAAUUACAUUUUACUUUUUUUUUUUUUUUUUUUGAGUUGGAGUCUUGCUCUCUCACCCAGGCUGGAGUGCAGUGGCCACAAUCUCAGCUCACUGCAACCUCCGACUUCUGGGUUCACGCCAUUCUCCUGCCUCAGCCUCCCGAGUAGCUGGGACUACAGGCGCCCACCACCACGCCCGGCUAAUUUUUUUGUAUUUUUGGUAGAGACGGGGUUUCACUGUGUUAAACCAGGAUGGUCUCGAUCUCUUGACCUCGUGAUCCGCCCGCCUCGGCCUCCCAAAGUGCUGGGAUUACAGGCGUGAGCCACCGCGCCGGGCCACAUUUUACUUUUAUUAUGCAUUUAUUCCUUGAAAAAUCCUCUGGGAUAGGCCUGACAACUUUCAGUUACUCAGAACUCCCAUCUCUCCAAUCAGUUUAGCGUCUGUCUGUUUUGGCGUGAUGUCGCAUUUGCAUGUAAGGAAGUGAUCGCAUUCACAGUGGUACCACUGUGUAGAUUUCAGACAGCCCUUGCAAUUCCCCUUUCUAAAAGUUCCUCAGAUGUCCAAAGGCAUGCCCAGGGGUUAGCAAGGAUGAAGUUAGAGCUGGGUUUUUUGUAGCCAGGUUUAUUAGGGCACAUGUUUAAAGUCAAAGGACCAGUUAGACUCUUAGUAAUUGUUCCUCAUCUCACCAGCUUAUUUCCACUUGACCUUAGUAAUGCAGGAAAUAGGAGAGUGAGCUAGGAAAGUACCCUGUUCUCUGUGGAAAGGCGAGGAUGAGAGAGGAAAGUUGGGGUGUUUGUAGGACCUUGCUGCAGUGAGAAGAGCCCUGGUCACUAACCUAUGUCAAUCCUCAGCACCUUGCACUCCCUCCACCCCACAGUCCUAAGGAGACUUGAAUGUCUUCCCCAGCACCUCCUGCGACCACACUCCUGGAGGCUUCCCUGGCAAUGGUUUGGGUGUGGCCUUCCAGGCCUUUGUGUCAGGGCAGGUCUCCUGCAGAGUCUUCUCUUUGUCUUGGGAGAGGCUUUGUUGUGCGUUGAGGCUACUUCUGUGUUAUUGAGGAGUCUGGGCUUUUUUCUGAUACCGCGUUUCUUUUUUCUCCUGGGCCAUUUGUAGCAAGACACUAAGGGCGACUACCAGAAAGCGCUGCUGUACCUGUGUGGUGGAGACGACUGAAGCCCGACACGGCCUGAGCGUCCAGAAAUGGUGCUCACCAUGCUUCCAGCUAACAGGUCUAGAAAACCAGCUUGCGAAUAACAGUCCCUGUGGCCAUCCCUGUGAGGGUGACGUUAGCAUUGCCCCCAACCUCAUUUUAGUUGCCUAAGCAUUGCCUGGCCUUCCUGUCUAGUCUCUCCUGUAAGCCAAAGAAAUGAACAUUCCAAGGAGUUGGAAGUGAAGUCUAUGAUGUGAAACACUUUGCCUCCUGUGUACUGUGUCAUAAACAGAUGAAUAAACUGAAUUUGUACUUUAGAAA